AUGAGGCGGUUGUUGCUUCAGUCCAUGCGAUCCCUCUCUCUCAGUGAACCGCCAUCUUCACCUCUGCUACAGGUGCCCGUCGCUGCUCUACUGAUCGGACGCCAUGGACGUUCAAGUACUCAAGUGAGUGAGAUUUCAUGGUGUCCUGUGGUGGGAUUGUCGUCGACUAGGAAGCUGAAUUAUGGAUUUAGAACGUUUUGCACUGUUGGAGAUUUGGUGACCAAGAAGUGCGUGCCUUGUAACUCAAAGGACAUGCGACCCAUGACCGAAGAGAGUGCUGCUCAAAUGAUGCCAAAGGUGUCAGGGUGGAGCUUGGUCAAUGAGGAUGGUAAGCUGAAGCUGAACAGAUCGUGGAGGGCUAAGAGUUUCACCAAAGGACUGGAGCUAUUUCAGCUUGUAGGGAAUAUUGCUGAAAAUGAAGGUCAUCAUCCCGAUCUUCAUCUUGUUGGGUGGAAUGAUGUUAAGAUCGAGAUAUGGACACAUGCAGUCGGGGGGCUAACAGAAAAUGACUUCAUACUGGCUGCAAAGAUCAAUCAGCUCGACGUGCAUCACCUACUCCGAAAGAAACAUUCUGCUUCUGCUUCCUGA